UUCACCGCUCUUCUGCUCGACCAUGCCUGCAGCUGCUGCUGCUGCUGCUGCUGCUGCUCAUGUCGGCUAAAGUCUUCUGUCUGCGUGGAAAUCUCACCACAGGCGACCGCAAUCUUCAGUGUGUGAACGAUUAUCUGUUCACCAUCAACUGCACGGUGAGCAUCACACCAUCAGAGAACAGCAGCAGCAGCAGCAGCAGCAGCAGCAGCAGCAGCAGCAGCAGCAGCAGCAGCAGCAGCAGCAGCAGCAGCAGCAGCAGCAGCAGCAGCAGCAGCGUGUACUGGCUGACUAUCACAGAAACACAUGAGAAUGACAUGUUUGUGUGUCCGCUGUUAAACACGGACGGCAGACAUUUCUGCUCUGUGGAAACCUCAGAUGAUGAGGAUUCUUCAGUGAUCUUCAGUGACACGGACGUUUAUAGAAUCUCACUCUAUCACAACCAAACUGACGGGGAUUUGACCUGUGAGGUGCUGGAUGGAGCAUACAGGCCGUUCACACACAUCAAACCGAAUGCACCGUGCUGCCUCAGCGUCAGCCACAACGCGAGCCAGCGUCACUUCACCUGGAGAAGCACGUACGAGGAGUACGAGUACGACACCGCGCUGGUCGACAGUUUCAAGUAUCAGCUUCAUUUCUUUACAACGCGAGAUCACAGCAGCAACAGCAGGAUGAUUUCACACACCAUUGAAACAGAAAGGACAAACUAUCGGGUGGAUGAUGGGGAGUUCACGCCGGACACCGAGUACACUGCCAGAGUACGAUCCAGUCCAAACAUGGCUUUCUUUAAAGGACAGUGGAGCGACUGGUCCUCCAGAGUUCACUUUAAGACAGAGUCAACCGUCACAGAUCUCUCCUCGAACAUAUCUGAACUGAAGGUGUUCGUCCCCCUGUGUGUGUUGGCGAUCGUCAUCUUACUCCUGUGCUAUGUUCCUGUUAAAAAGUGGAAGCAAAGUGCCUCUAUCCCAACACCAGCUCCCUAUUUCCACACCCUGUACAGUGACUGCCAGGGGGAUUUUAAGCGCUGGGUUAGAACGCAUGAACGCGCAGUGGAUAUGCAGAAGGCGGAGGCCUCGCUCCGAAUCGACGGCCUGAUCAAGUGCACUGACAUCCCAGAGGAAGACCGUCAGCCCCACUUUCACCUCCCGCUGGCGGACGGCAGAGCAUACAACAAUAUAAGUGACCCGGUCAGUGAUGAGUCACUCCUGGACCUCCUGUACGCUGUGGCCACCAUGAAUCCACCAUCAGCUCCAGAAGGUCUGACCCUCAGUUCAGACCCAGGAAGCAGUGAUGAAAGAGACUCAGGGUGUGUGCUCUACAGUGACAUGUCCCUGGGGAAGGGCUCCCCCUGGUACUGCAACGAGUACUGCACUCCAAGUGACUUCACGCAGCUUGGCGAGCUCACAGCCGAGCACCAAAGGGCCCUGCAAACAAACUCUUACCUACAGAAGAUGACCAGAGUGGACGCCGUCGAGGAAGCAGUGGUGUGUACGUCAACUGAUGAGGGAGGAAACAUGUACGCAGUUUAAAAAGAACUCAUUUUACAAAAACAAAAACAAAAGCCUGACCACGGCUCUCUUAAAAAUGGUAUUGUUGAGAGCUUUCUUGCUACUCAUAUUUCAUGUCGAGAAAUAUCUGCCUAUUACGUCAGGUUUGUUCAAGACACGCUUGAGCGUUACAUUCACAUGUUGUGUAUGAGUUAAACUCAGCGACAACUUUCAGUCACAUCAUUCCAGAAAACAACAACGCUGGUAGUACUGAGACUUUAGCACAGUACUGUAUGUAAAAAGAUGUACAACAGCCACCUGUGCCAUUUCUAUUUCUAAUGAUUCAGUUACACUAAAAACAACAACAAAGCUUAACAAGUCACCAGUUUGUGUGUGUGUGUCGCAUGUAAAAACAAAGGCAGUGCUACGAUGACUCCGCCCACUUUUAGGAGGUACUAACUUCUGGUCGGGACAUUUUUGAGAGUGGUACGUAGGCUUUUCGAGCUGGAACAGCAUAUCCAGUCCUGUGUGAUGACGUGCCACACAAAAGAAGAUCCGUUUUGUGAAUAUACUUGCUGCACCCUUGUUACCAAUGAAACCAGUAUUUGUAAUUUAGCAUGUUUCAUUAAUCUCUGAUGACAUAUCUAUCGCGGUGGUCAUUUGUGUGUUAAUAGAGGUUGGGACAUCAUGUCAGGACCGACAGGAGACAGCGCUUCUCAUCCCAUAGCGUACAGCAUGCAGACAGCACAGGCCAUCUUUGUGGAGAUGAUGUGUGAAUUCUUUUAUUUUUGUAAAUCAUGUGGAAUAUAGCCAUUGUAAUAGUUAGAGGGCAUUAAAAAUAAGAUGUGUUUCAUGUGGCUGCUCCUUCUGUGUUGUUUUCAUCUUGUUUAUGUCUGAAUAAGACAAUACAUUCUUAAAUUCUGUGCACUAUAGGCUGUGGCAUUCAUACACACACACCGACUGGUCAUUUUAUUAGGUACAUCUAUUCAAACGGCUUUGAAUGUGACACAUAAGACGGGGAAUUGUUUAGAAAGAGAAAAUAAUCAGUGAGUGACAGU